UCAGCUUUGCUAUUUUAUUAUUUGACAUCAAACGAAAGAAUUAACUAAAACAAUAAAAUGCUCAAAUACUAGCGGCAACAUGCCUAUCAUCUCUAUCUAUCCCGUGGAUAAAAGACUAGUCUCGAAUAAAUUAACCAGUGACGGCUAACCGGAUACCAAAAUCAAAAGCAAAACACCGCAAGUAAUGCUGCAACAACCCCAUCCUCCGCCCAUUUCUUCACCGCCACUUCCAUCCAAAAUCCCUACACUGUGCAACCCUUUCAACCAAUCAAGCUUCGAACAACACUACCGCCAUCUCUGCGACCUUCUUCUCUCUUCCACCCGCUCUCGGGCGCUACCGAAAGGCCUCCAAAUCCAUGCCCGUAUCCUCAAACUAGGGUUCCAAUCAAUCCCUCUUGUUGCUCACCAUUUGAUCAACUUCUAUUCAAAAACUCAGAUUCCUACCUUUUCCCGUCGAAUUUUCGACGAAACCUCUUUUAAGGUUUGCACUACUUGGACCUCAGUUAUCUCUGCUUUUGCACAGAAUGAGCUCCCUUGCGUUGCUCUUGAGUUCUUUGCGCGGAUGCUGGGAACCGGGUUUCGGCCUGAUAACCAUACGUACCCAAGUGCGAUAAAGGCGUGUGCGAUCUUGGGGAGGGUUGAUGUGGGGCGGUCGGUUCAUGGGGUUGUCGUGAAAACUGGGUAUGAGGGGGAUUUGUUUAUCGGGAGCUCUAUGGUGGACAUGUAUGCGAAAUGUGGGGAGAUUUGGGAUGCACGGAAGGUGUUUGACGAAAUGCCUGACAGAAAUGUAGUGUCUUGGACUGGGAUGAUCUUUGGGUAUGCUCAGUUGGGGGAAAACGAGGAGGCUCUCAGGUUGUUUAAGCGUGCUGUAGAGGAGGGUGUUGAUGUUAAUGAUUUUACAUUCUCGAGUGCGGUUCAUGUGUGUGGUAAUUCAACACUUUUGGAGUUGGGGAAGCAAAUUCAUGGCAUGUGUUUGAAGAAGAGUUAUGAUUCAUCAGGUUUCGUUGGAAGUGGUUUGAUUUCGUUGUACUCUAAGUGUGGGAUCAUAGAAGGUGCAUAUCGUGUAUUUGAUGAAAUAAAGACAAGAAAUGUUGGAUUAUGGAAUUCUAUGUUGAUUGCAUGUGCUCAACACGCUCAUAGUUCAAAGGUGCUGGAAUUGUUUCAUAGUAUGGAAAGUGAAGGAACAAAGCCUAACUUCAUCACCUUCUUGUCUUUGCUUUAUUCUUGUAGUCAUGCUGGAUUGGUUAAGGAAGGGAGGUAUUAUUUUGAUCUGAUGAAGAAGUAUGGAGUCGAAGCAGGGAACCAGCAUUAUGCCACCUUAGUUGAUUUGCUAGGCCGUGCUGGAAAGUUGGAGGAGGCACUUUUAGUUAUUAAGGAGAUGCCCAUUAAACCAACGGAGUCAGUUUGGGGUGCUCUGUUGACUGGCUGUCGACUACACGGGAACACUGAGUUAGCAGCAUAUGCUGCAGACAAGGUUUUUGAGUUGGAUAAUGUGGGUUCUGGCCUAUAUGUGCUAUUAUGUAAUGCCUAUGCAGCAGCUGGGAGACUCCAAGAUGCAGCCAAAGUGAGGAAGAUGUUAUGGGAUAGAGGUAUUAAGAAGGUAACCGGUUUAAGCUGGCUUGAGGAAGGUAACAAGGUUCACACAUUUGCUGCUGGGGAUAGAUCCCACCCGAAAUCCCAAGAGAUAUAUAAGAAAAUGGAGGAAUUGGAGGAUGAAAUGGAGCGAGCUGGCUAUGUUGCUGACACUAGUUUUGUGUUGCAACAGGUAGAUGAUGAUGUCAAGAAACAAACAAUUAGGUAUCACAGUGAGAGACUAGCAAUCGCUUUUGCGUUAAUCAGUUUCCCAUCUGACAGGCCUAUCCGGAUUAUGAAAAAUUUGCGUGUAUGUGGUGAUUGUCACACUGCAAUCAAGUUUAUGUCAAAGUGUACUGGAAGAACUAUUAUUGUGAGAGACAAUAACAGAUUCCAUAGAUUUGAACAUGGAAUAUGCUCAUGUGGGGACUACUGGUAAAUGGUAAUUCAAUUUUGGCAGCAAACAAAGCAAAAUGAUAUCAAGUUACAUGAGCUGCCUAAGCCCCUUGCCGUUGUUGUAGAGAUUUUGCUUAUGGAUUGGUUUUUCUUAACCGUUGGAGAAUUUUUCAACAAACAUACACCUAAAACAGUUUCAAGGAACAAUUGUGGAGUUGUUUCAAUUAACUGGUACAUAAACCAAGUGCUACUGACCAUUGUUGCCAAUGUUAAAAGUUUAUCUGCAAUCAAAUAUAUCGCAAAGUCGAUGAAUAUCUCCGCAAAAAUACAAGUUCUUGCAACAAAAUAACCAAUUCUAUAAGUAUGUAAAGAAGCUGCAAAUUGGGAUCUUAGCUGCUAUAGCCAUUUUGAUGAAGUAGCUAUUGAUCUUCAAGUGAAAAACCCUGAUCCUGCAGGCUUUCAACAGUCAUUUUGAGACUUGUUUUAAAAUGAAUAUAGUCAAAUCUCAAAUGCCCAAACUUGGAGUUUUGUCCUUGGCAACCUGGAAUGGCAGCCUAAAAGAAUCAUCAUCUGCACACCAGGAGAAACAUCUUACUUUCAGGAUAGAGCUCUCUCAAUAUCUUCAUAACAUCUGAAAAAUGGGCUGAUAGUUUCAGCUAAAGGGGCCUCAAACUAGGAUAAUAUUUGACAUGGACCAACCAAAAGUCAUGUUAGGAUGAGUAUCUGACCCUGCAUGAAUCGAAUGAAAGAUAUCAGAGAACAAAGCAUAGCUAGUAUCAUUACUACUUCCGUAGCCUAAGAGGAGUGUUAGCACAAGCAAGGCACACAACGAGCAUCAGCAACACAAGCACGCAAAACAACAGCAACAUAGGCAAUGAAUAAUGUCGACGCUUAUUCAUGUAUAUACAGUCAACGUGCAUCAAUAUACUGCCACAAAAUUCAUGCUGUAGCUCGUUGAAUAUCUUGUGCUCCCGCAGCUGAUCUUACGUGUGCCCGCAUUAUCACUUCAAUCAUGACAGAACCCCGCUGUAGCUACUCGACAAUAGCAACCGCAGCUCAUUUGCGAGCUACCCAAGCAUUGAAGAGAGCAGCGCAUAGGAGUAGGCAGCAUCAGCGAUUAUAGAACCGUAGCUACGAGUAUAUUUAGGAUUAGUUUUAUGCUUUAAUUCUUUAAUUUAAACACUAGAUUUUCUGUUUUUGUUCAUCAAAUUCGUAGCCUAGUUCCAGAAUUUUAGUUCAACUUCUUCAUAACUUUUGAUUUUCAAUUGCAAGAUUCAUUGAUAUAUUUCUACUAUUUUCUGUAAUUCUUCUUAAUUCUUUAAUUGAAUGCUAGAUUAGUUUA